AUGAACAACAAUACCGAUUUGCCCAAAGGCACAUUACCAGAUUGGGUGUAUGUUGAACAAGUUGCAUUUUCUGGUAUCAUCGCUUUAAUUGGAACACCUGGCAACAUCUUGAUUAUUCUCGUGUUCUCCAAUUCGCCAGAAAAAUCGUCGACAGACUAUAUGGUAUUUGCAAUGGCUAUAUCAGAUCUUCUUGGGUCCAUUGUUUGUACAACGUUAAAUAUACUCAGACAUAUUCCUGUUUUAUGGGAAAAUAUAGGAUCGAUGUGGUUUUGUCGAGCGUAUGAUUUCUUUACAUCUUAUACAGUGACAAUUUCAGCAUGGGUUCUUGGUGUGGUCGCCAUUGACAGGUACAUGAAAACUUGCCGACCUUUAUCUGAUGCCUUUUCUGCUUCGAGAAUUAAAAUACUAUGUAAAGCAGUUUACAUAUUAGUUUUAGUUCUUCUGAUGCCUUCGUUUGGCGUUGAGCGCUUUGAUGUCAGCACAGGUGCUUGUUUACUCAACGAUUAUGAAUCUGUUUGGAGCAUAUUUAUGUACGUUAUCUCGUUUCUCUGUUGCGUUAGCUACAUUAUAACUGCGGUGGCUUAUAUUCGCAUUGCUGUGGCGUUAGGUAGUCGACUGAGAAAGAAACAAAACAGAAACCUUGGCAUGAAAGAAAAUACGAUACAAGCUAGCGGUCUUCUCCAAGAACAGAAGAAAGUCAAUCGUACUACAGUCAUUAUGUUUCUGAUUACGUUGAUCAACGUUUUCUCAGUGGUACUUACAUACUUUGGUUAUUUACACGCUGGAGACAGAUUAUAUCUUCCGGAAGGAGUGCGUGAGGUUCUAGGCUACACGACUCACACAACAUAUUUGGUGACGUAUAUUGCAAACCCUAUACUGUAUAUCAUGAUGAGUUCGAAAUUUCGAGAAGGCAUGAGAAAACUAUUCCAGAAAGUUUAG